AUGUCUGUGGAUGAGUGCCCGAUGACCAUAAAAGAUGCCCGCAAUCUUUUCAUUCCACGCGCUUUUGUGAGAAAUAUAUAUUAAUGCGAUAAUAAUAAUAGGGGAGAAACGGAGACGGAGACGAAGGUCUUCUUGAUGGGAAAAUGCGGAUUUAUGGGGUGUAUGAAUUUUACAAACAAUUUUCAUGGUGAUUACAUUUGUAAAAAAAAAAUGCAUUCGAAGAGCACGCAGAAACUGCUUUGACAAUUGGCACCAAAAAUUAAUUUUUCCAGACGCCCGCCACCUCGGCUUCCAGUUCGAAAUCGAGCCGCAACGAAAUGUGACGGUGACAGAAGGCUCCGCUCAUUUACUGGAAUGCUCGUACGUUUUGGCACACGAAGGACACGUGCAGACGGUGCGCGUCGAGUGGAAACGCGACGGAGUGGUGUUGAGCGAAAGGAGCAGCUCGAGAAUGUUAGUUUCAGCCAAACACCAGGUUUUUUUCAAUUUUUCCCAUCCUUCGCUUCCACAGUUUUCCACACUCGUCGUCCCGUGAUGACUAAUUCUUGAACCACUACCAUUUUUGUACGAAUGACGUUGCAACACUAGUCGAGAACCUUUUUCUACUCAUUUUACCGGAAAAGCCUGGGAAAAUGAGGAUUUUCUGACUUUUGUCGCUUUGCAACUAUAAGGAUCGUCGUUGGUUGCGAAAUGUACAAGGCCACAUAAUUGAGUCAUCUCCAUAAAAAAUGAUUGCAUAGAAUCUGAUGACGUGCCUCACAGUACAGUAGUAAAUAUGACACGUGGCAAUUAGAAUGACCCUUUUCUCACUUGCGAGAUGACGUCACAACGGGACACGCCAGAUGGUGUCUUGUCUCCUUUUUUGGCGGUUCGACGUCUGUGCAACCUAAUUUUUCGAGUAAAAUUUGGAGUUGUGACCAAUUUCAUAGCGAUAUUGUUUUUCCAAGACCCCAAAGUCUCGGAAAACCCGCAAAUCUCGCGGAUUUUGCAGUCCAAAGUCGGUAGAAAUUUGCGGGAAAUCCGGGGAGCGCACAGCUGAACGAGUGUUACGGUAUUUUUUGAAAAAAUUUAAAUUUCUCGAGAAUAUUUUCAAUUUUUCAUAUUUCUUGGGUAAAUUUUCAACGGUUUUUUUUUGAAAAAAUAUAACGUUUUUGAGAAUAUUUGCAAUUUUUCAUAUUUCUUGGGUAAAUUUUCAAAAAAUACCGUAAUUUUAUGGUGUACGGUAACACUCGUUCAGCUGUGCGCACCCCGGAUUUUCCGCAAAUUUCUGCCGACUUUGGACUGCAAAGUCCGCGAGAUUUGCGGGGUUUCCGUGACUUUGGACGCGGCAUUAUGAAGCCUCCAAAGAAACUACGCGUGCUCGAAUGUUUUCCUCGCAAAAUCCCUCGACUUCUCUCCAAUUUCCCUAAACGUCUGCGUGGUUUCCAAGAAAACUAGGAACACUUGUUGCGAAAUCCAACUAUUUCGGUUAUGAAAGCUCACAAAUAAGAGUCAUUUGUCUCUUUUUCCCUCCUCGACGCGUCUGCCGUGAACCUCAAACCAACAAGAAAUUGUUGCGAAAUUCGUGUGCAACACAAUAGUUUGCCCGCCUCAUAAAGUGCCCGCGCCAUUUUGUAAAUGGCUAUAUGUACGUAUGCAUGAAUAAGCCGGCGACGAAGAAGCACACAUUUUCAUGACUUUGAUGUUAGCAGCUCGAUGCAAAAAGGGAUUAGAAAGGGUCCCACCAUACACUUUGAAAGUGACACUUUCGAGGAAAGAAUUUGAAGAACAGAAACUCAUUUCCAUAAAUAUAUACAUUUUCGAAGACACACUCCCUACGGGCGAAACAGGAAUUAAUAAGAGGAGCGGAUGAGGCCUACAAUGUAUAUAACUAAAAUAUUUAAAAAGGACGGCCAGAUUUGACACGUUUCGGUGCGACAAUUUUACACGAAUCUCUUGAUUUCUCGUCCUCGCUCAUUUGUCACUCGGUGGGAAAUAUGAUCCAAAAGGUCUGCGAGUAACAAUUUCCGGCCAUUUGUCAUGCAAUCCUUACUAGUCGGUAUAGGUAAACAAGUCACUCACACAAAUCCGAAUGUCGCGUCUAAGAAUGAGGGCCCUAAAUUCACGAUCACCAUUUUUCAUGGUCAUUAAUCGACGGCAAGCACUGUUUUUGAUCAAAUUUGGUGGACGGAGGGCACUGUUUGAGUGACAGGUCUCAAGGCUCCUCGUCUUCACCGAUCUCGCCAUGCAAACGACAUUGAAAUCGGGUUUUGCCCAUUUCGAUUUUCGAUUUCACCAAGAAAACGGCGCCUGAAUGGCUAGGGGACGUAGAGAUUGUGAAAAUUAGGUUUGCAAAAGUGUGCAGUUGAGAAAGCACAAGGACACUUUGAAAUUUGAGUCGAGUGUGUUCGAACAAAUGAUAAAUGUUUCAGCUUCGGUUUUAUUUUAGAGUGGCUAAAUAAUAACUCAUUUAUUCGCUUCAUUUAUUACAUCAUCAGAAAAAUUUAGAGAAAAAGAGAGGGAGAUAUAAAUAGUGGGUGGAGGAGGGAAUAAUGACUGAAAAUGACCAGGGUGGCCUGAGGCUUGAGUGACAAAAUCCAAGAAAUGUUCGACAUGUCUAGCUUUUCUACUUAGAACCGUUCUAUUUACCAGUGUUGAGCGGAAGAAAUGCAUUUUAGAAUCUUGUUUGUAAUACUGGUAUUCCUCGUGACACCAAGAAGUAUUUUGUAAUGCCGCGUCCAAUGUCUCGGAAAAACCGUAAAAACCGCAGGUUUUUCUGUCCAAAGUCGGCCGAAAUUUGCGUGAAAAACGGGGGUGCGCACAGCUCAAUGAGUGUAACCGUACCCCUAAAACUACGGUAUUUUUUGAAAAUUUGCGCAAGAAAUUUGAAUAUUUUCAAAUAACCUCAAGAAAUUAACAAAUUUUCAAAAAAUACCGUAGUUUUAGGGGUACGGUUACACUCAUUGAGCUGUGCACACCCCGUUUUUCACGCAAAUUUCGGCCGACUUUGGACAGAAAAAUCUGCGGUUUUUACGGUUUUUCCGAGACAUUGGACGCGGCAUAAUGAAGUGACGAAAUUUACAAUUAAACAUUUCAUUGUAGCUGAAACAUUUAGCAUAAAAAAUGUUUGAAACAGUGAAUAAAUCUGACGAGUUAAGAUGGUGGACCCACGAGAUUGAUUCUUGACCCUUCCUCUUUUGGUUGCGCCGCAAUAUCCGAUAAUUAAAAGGCCCCCCCCGUCCCGAUCGUUGACGACACCUCCUCCUAAUCCUGGCGUUUGUUUUUGUGGAGCAGUAGGAGAGCGGCAGCGAGCAGCAGUUAUUCAUAGCAUUCGCAUUCGGACCAUCUGUCUAUGGGGGACUGAGAAAAUGUACACAUACACACACAGACACACACAGCAGGAGGAGGAUACUACUCACUUAUGCACUGCUCAUCGCACUUGAGAAGGAUUCACAACACGACCAUAUGUUCAGUGUGGUCACACGGAAGUGGCAGAGAAGCAACAGAAGUUGGGAUGCGAUGAUGGGGCAGAAGGUGUUUGGGAACAUCAUCUUUAUGCUAUGAAAUAGAACGGAGCACAGGGGGAUUCUUUGAAGAUUUGCAAAUGUACUAGUCUUGCCGCAAAAAAACUAAACCGGUGGUGGUAGAAAUCAUGAAUACUUGACAAAAAUGGAUACCCGGAGGAUUUAUCCUACUAAGAACUGUGUUAAAGAUUUUUAAAGUAUGGACUACUUUUACAGACAUUGUUCAAAAUCAAGUCUUAUAUAUCUUUUGCAGAAAAGUAAUGUCGAAUGGCUCGUUGUGGAUCGAAUCGGCUUCCGGAGCCGAAGAGGGAGUCUACCAGUGCGCCGUGCAUGUUUCCACCAAAAACGAGCCCGCAACGACGGACACGUGGACGUUUAUGAGCCGAAAAGCCACGUUGCGGCUGGCCGAUCUGGCAAAGUAGACACUUUUUUUUUGCAAUUUUCCAAACAAUUGUUUGCAGAUUCGAACUGCAGCCAAUCGAUCGAACAGUCGCGAAAGGCCAACCGACCGCGUUUCAUUGUCUUAUUGUGCGUUUUUUUUGUUGUUGAAACACUUAUAGGAUUCUCUGAAAUUUUUGCAGAAUUCCAAGCCCACACCGUCGGUCAUUUGGCUUCACAACGAUCAACCGAUUGCUAAUGGAGGUAAUUCAAUUGAAAUUUUGGCUUUUUUUAAACCAAAAAUAGGCACGAAAAAUGCACAUAUUGAUCGAAGUGAAGUAAUACUAAAUUUGUUUCGAUAUACGCUUUGAUUGGCAUUAUAAAUUCCUCUCUCUCUCGUCCCCCAUGGGAGUAAUCAGAAAACAAAUUGAAAUCGCUUGCGUUUUUUCCUCAAUUUAAUUGUGGGCGAGCACACAAAUUGAUGAGGAAAACCCCGUUUUUUUGAGGGGAACUGAAGUUACUGAACAAUAGAGAUUGAAGGAAAAGGGGGAUGAAAAUUUUAAAAAAAAGAAGAUUGCAGGCGAGUACCACAUUCUGCCCGUGUCGAACACUCUGGAGAUCAGUUCGACGCAGUCGAGACACGAAGGAACGUACCGGUGUACGGUAGAAGGAGCCGGAAAACGGAGAAGCAGUCAGACGGCCCGAUUGACUGUGACCACGGGUAGGCCUUUUUUAUAAGUUUCUAGACCUUUAACACAAUUUUUCUCUCAUUCCAGGCGACGUCUCAAACGAGCUGACGUUCAUCACAACUCCACGCCUCCAAGUGCUCGAUCAAUCGGACGAGUUUCUGCUCGAGUGCCUCGUCGCGUCGCGCAUCCGACCGCAAGUCCGUUGGCUCAAAGACUCCCGCCAGAUAAUCGUGGACGGAACACGCGUGCGUCGCGUCGGCGUCUCCUCGAUUCUCGUCUCGAAGGCGUCGAUCGACGACACGGGACUGUACACGUGUCGCGCGUCGAACAACGACGAUUCGAUCGAUCGGGCGGUGUCGGUGGAGGUCCGUGCGCCGCCGAGGAUCACUACGCGACCGGCCGAGAAGGUGGCCGUCGAGACGGCCGACGUCGAGUUGGAGUGCGGAACCGCGGCGGCGAGGCCAGAGGCGAACGUUCAGUGGUACAAGAAUGGCGAGGCGAUCAUUGGCAGCGAGUAUUUCGUUAUCGAGCCGAAUAGGUAAGGGUUUUUUUUUGGAUCACAAUUCUGUUUCACAAACCUUGUAACGUCGUGGACGUAUAAUCGUUGUUUGAUGUACGACUUUGUUCGAAGUUUUAUGUCUCUUCACCUCAUAAUUCUAUUCUACGCUCGCCUGUACUCUCUAUUCCGGACUCUUUGUCCUGUGCGCGUAAGGGUUUCAGGUCGAUUAGGUUAUCUGGUUUAAAGAAAUACUAACCUUUGAAAUAUACAGUGCUGGCCAAAAAGGUAUUCGCAAACGGUUUUUUGAGCAUAACUUUGCUGAAACUUGAGGGAUCGAAAAAAAAAUCGAAAAAUUCAUGAAAAUGGUAAAAAACCGGAAAAUGAAACUUUGACUUGUGAUAUCUAGGAGAGACCGGCAAAUGAAAAAUAACAAUAGCGAAUCAGCAAAGUUAUGCUCAAAAAACCGUUUGCGAAUACCUUUUUUGCCAGUACUGUAGAUACUGUAGAUGAUUCUCUGUAGAUUCUGUAGAUUCUCUGGCAAUUCGAUAUUAAUCUUGUUAGAAAGUUACUGAUCUAAUUGUAAGCGCGACCUAAUUAGAUUCGACUGUUUUUUCUUGGCGCAAUCGAGAUUUGAGCCAGCAGACGGUUGGCGUGAAACUUGAUUUGAGCACUUAUUAAUCUAGCUAGAAGAUUUAUUAAUCUAGCUAGACAAUUUAUUUAUCUAAUUAGGUGUCAUAUCAAUCUUAUUAGGCCGUAUAACUCGAGCUGACUACGAUUAGAUUAAUAACGAAAUGCCAGAGAUUGAAGACAGUAAGACAUUUCUCUGGAAUUUCGUUAUUAAUCUAACGGCGGCCUAAUAAGAUUGAUAUGACACCUAAUUAGAUUAAUAAAUUGUCUAGCUAGAUUAAUAAAUCUUCUAGCUAGAUUAAUAAGUACUCAAAUCAAGUUUCACGCCAACCGUUUGUUGGCUCAAAUCUCGAUUGCGCCAAGAAAAAACAGUCGAAUCUAAUUAGGUCGCGUUUAGAUCAGUAGUAACUUUCUAAUUAGAUUAAUAUCGAAUUGCCAGAGUUUGAGCGUUGUUGUUCAAAUUUUCUUCGUUUGCAGUAUGUUCUUGCAGCGAUAAAAUGGGUUUUCAAGCAUAGCUUUUGAAACAGCAAAUGAAAGUAUUGUGUUUUUGCAGACUCCGCAUUCUUGGAGUCGUCCGCGCCGACCAGGCCGUCUAUCAGUGCAUCGCCGAGAAUGAUGUGGGAAGCGAGCAGGCGAGUGCUCAGCUUCUCGUCGACGCUCCAGGUAUGUCCCAGACCAUAUUUUGAAUGAAAAGGCUCGCGAAAACGUUGGAAAAAUUGAAAUUGGGCGCCUAGGACCCACAUUUCUGGCCAGUCGAGGCCUCGGAAAAGUCAGAGAGGAGACGAAAUUGCUGUCGGAUGGUGAAUUUGAUGUUUUCGUGAAUUUUUGAAGUGAAUUCGGGUGCCUUUUUCUAACAUUUAAUCACCAUAUUUUUAUAUUGCCGUGAAAAUGAUGGCAUAUUGUCACAAGAUGUUUUCCUGAAAUUGCAAAAAAAAACAUCUCUUUAGAUUCGUCGUCGAUGGCCGCUUCGUCGGGCGUUCCGAUGACCGCCUCGGCGCCGCUCGGACUCCGUUCCACUUCGGUCGGCGCCCGUUUUGUGAAUGUUGAAUGGGAUCCGCCGGUGCAAAGAAACGGAAAUAUUAUGCGAUACCACGUGUUCUACAAGGAUAACUCGAUCGAUCGGUUAGUGAGAAAUGAGUGAAAAAAUGAAGUUAGCCCACUUUUAGAAUCAUAAAUUGAAUCAUUUUUAUUAAUUCAAAACUUUCUAGAACUGGGUCCACUGCGCGGUCCGAGCACCGUGCAGUGGGCCCAGUUGUCAAAAGUCUUGUAACUGUAACGUGUUCAGCGAACGAAUGGUGAACUCGUCGAGCACGUCGGCCACGCUAACCUCGCUCCAACCGUCGACAAUGUACCUGAUUCGAGUGACUGCCGAAAACGAGGCGGGAAUGGGCAAAUUCAGUGAUUCGCUCAAAGUUAGCACGAAUAAAGAGCGUGAGUCAUCUCCUUGAUUUAAACAAUUUACUAGACAAUUUUGUUGUUGCAGAAGCGGUCCCCGGAAAAGUGACGUCACUGACGGCGACGGCGACCGGUCCCGAAACGAUCGAAAUCCGAUGGAAUCCGCCGACGGGCGGACAACCCGCACUGCGCUACAAAAUCUAUUAUUCGCACGAUCCGCUCGAGAAAUCCGAAAAGGAGACGCUCAUCACGGUACACAUUUUUUUUAGUGUCAAGACAAGAUGUUGCUGGCAUUUUAAACGAUUGGAAUUGUUAUUUUGCAGACGUCGACAACGCAAUACACUCUGCACGGAAUGGACAAAUUCACGGGCUACCAGAUCCGAAUCGAGGCGGAAGGAUCGAACGGAUCCGGGCUGUCGAGCGACACGAUCCGCGUGCGGACUCAAUCGGACGAGCCGUCGGCGCCGCCCACAAACAUCCAGACAGAGGCCGAGAGCAGCACUUCGGUGCGAGUUAGUUGGGACGAACCGGACGGCGAGUCGGUGAACGGCGAGAUCACCGGAUACCGGCUAAAGUACAAGACGAAGGCGCGCGGGGCCAAGGGCAACACGCUGGUGAUCGAUGCGACCGCCCGCGAGUACACGAUGGGCAAUCUGGAGCCGAGCACGCAGUAUCUCGUUCGAAUGGCCGUUGUCAAUCAUGUAAGAGUUUACAAGUUUUUGGAAACUUUUUUUCCGAAACUGAAAUGAACAGAGACAGGGCUUAGUGAUUGUGUUUGGUUUUUUUGCAGAACGGCACCGGACCCUUCUCCGACUGGGUCGCCGUAGACACGCCCGGACAAGACAAGGAAGAACGCACACUCGGAGCGCCGCGGGAAAUCCGUCCCCACGCGGGAAUCGACUACAUUCUCGUGUCGUGGUUGCCGCCCGCCGACGAGCAGAACCUCGUGCGCGGCUACCAAAUCGGCUGGGGACUCUCGGUGCCGGACACGGAGACCGCGCGAGUGUCGGCCUCGACGAAUCAGUACAAAAUCGCGCGACUUCACUCGGAACGCGACUACGUCAUCUCGCUGAGGGCCUUCAACAACCUGGGCUCGGGCUUUCCGAUCUACGAGACGGUGCGCACUCUGUCUCGCGAUGUUGCGCACAAUUUCCAAGAGGAAUCGGACGGGGAUUCGGAGGAUUCUUCGUCGACGUCUUCUUCCGAGUCGACGCCGGUCGGUGUGACAGCUGAAGCCGUCUCGGCCACUUCUAUACGAGUCGUUUGGACCGAGUCCGACGAGAGCGCCUUCAAUACGCAAUACACUGUACGCUACUCGACCGCAGUUGACGGAAAUCAACAUCGAUAUUUGAACUCGACAGAAACGUGGGCCACUGUCGAGGGGUUGAGACCGGCGACCGAGUACGAGUUUGCCGUACGGGCGGUCGCGUCGAACGGACAAUACUCGACGUGGUCGAUGGCCACCCGGAAUCGCACACUGUCCGCACCGCCGAGCAGCGCGCCCCGCGAUCUGACAGUGCUUCCGGCAGAGUCUGGAGACCCGCACUCGGCCUCACUUCACUGGCAACCACCGAAAUACUCGAAUGGAGAGAUCGAAGAGUAUCUGGUGUUUUACACGGACCGCGCCUCACUUGCCGACAAGGAUUGGAUGAUCAACUACGUGGCGGGCGACAAACUUUCGCAUCAGAUCAGCAACCUCCUGCCGAAAGCCAACUACUUCUUCAAGAUUCAGGCCCGCAACGAGAAAGGUCACGGACCGUUCUCCUCGGUGGUCGGAUACACCCCGUCGGGCGGCGCCAUCCUUUCGGGACGUGAUCGUCAAAACGGGCGAGGCCUCGGCUCGGCGCACGCGUCGGAUACGGUAUCCCUGUUGGAUCAGCUGCAAUCGCUCCUCCACUCGAACCCGCUCUACCUGAUGCUCGUCGCCGCGUUCGCACUCAUCCUCAUUCUCACCCUCAUCCUCAUCAUCAUGUGUUGUGUGAAGCGGUCGGGCGCCGGCGGAGGAGCACGUAAGAACGGAUACCAGUCGGGCAAGAAGACGAGUGUGACGAUGGGCGGCGCCUCGGGUGCGGGACCGCCGAACGAUUUGUGGAUCAACGGAACCGGCAGUCAUAUGAGGGCUGGAGGUGAGAUCGGUUUGGAGGGGUUAAAAUUUGAAUUUCUUUAAUUUUUCAGCCUCCGACUACAUGGUCGACGGCCUCGCGACCGCCCAUCUGACAGCGGCCGAGAUUGAUUCGCCGACGCCGCGAUAUCAUCAUUUACAAGGUAGGCCACGACCACUUUCAGAGAUUUUUACUCUGUUACAAUCUUCUCUAACACUUCUCCUCUCCACCUACUUUUUUUUAGUUUUCACCCUAUGUUUCCUCAUUUUGUUUAAAACGUUUCUCAAGCAUCCGAAGAGAUGUCUAAAAGAAGAUGAAAAAAAGAAGUUUCUCGAAAACCCACCGCAGAUUCGCUGUACGGAUCGAUAAACGGCAACGACUCAUCGUCGAAUCAGGCCACGUAUUCGGCGGCGGCGGCGGCGACGGGCCGUCCGCCACGUGUGCCACGUGGCACAUCGAAAUGCUCGCGCGGCACACCGAUGGCCCAGUCGAUGUGCUCGGCGAUCGGAUCGAACGACGAGGCGGACGAGGAGAUGGACGAGGUGGAGGCGCUCGUGGCGGCGAGGGUCCGAAUCGAACGGCCCGUCGCGCGGGCCAAACCGAUUCUGAUCGGAGGAACCAGUGGUCAUGGUGGUGGUGCUGGUGCAAAGGGUACUUUUGGUUUGGCAUGACUGAUGAUGACGAUGCUGUGGCUUCUUUUCCCUCCCGAUUUGUCUAGUUUUGUAGUCUACUGUCGUUUUAGUGAUGAACAUGUCCUGCACUGAAAAUUUUGGAUUGUUUUGUUCUGUCUCGAGAAUUUGUGAUUUAAAAGCGAACUAGAACGUUAUUGGAAGAAUAACUGACCUAGAUUUUUAAUUGAUAUUGGGUACAGUGUGUACCAGAGUUGAGCGGAAGAGCUCAACGGAAGAACACGGAAGAAUUUUUUUUAUCUUUUUUAGAAAAUUUUUUCAUGAAAUGUGAUCAACUGACGAAAUGUAUAGCAAAGUGAACUGUGCUCAUAGAAAAAUAAUUCGUAAAUUUAGCUUUUCAUACAAAAAAGUUAUUCCUUCUGUCUUCCGUUAGCCCCCUUUUUCACGGAACAACUCGCAUAACUUUUUUGUAUGAAAAGUUAAAUUUACAAUUAUUUUUCUAUGAGCAGAGCACACUUUGCUAUACAUUUCGUCAGUUGAUCACAUUCUAUGAAAAAAUUUUCUAAAAAAUAUAAAAAUUCUUCCGUGUUCUUCAGUUGAGUUCUUCCGCUCAACUCUGGUGUGUACCUGGACUGUUCUGAAACGUUUGAAAUUAGUGUCAUCUGGCUCUUACUCUAUUACCGUACCCCCAAACGCUUAAACAUUUCAAAAAGAAUCCUAUCGACUCUUUUUUUUCUUUUUUUUUGUUGCUGCUAACCCAUGCUUUCUCUCUGUCUUUCUCUCACACUCACUCUAAUCCUGUUUUCUUUCUUUGCGUUUUCUGAACGUUUUCCAUCACAAAAACUAUCCACAAACCCUCUGAUUCUCGGAAAAUGUGGCCUAAAAAUGAGUAUUUUGCAGGACAAGGCACACUGACACGAAGCUAUCAUCAAAGCUCGCAAAGUCUGGAGAAUCAGCGGCAGAGGACGCCGCAGGUGGUCUACACCGGCACCGGAAGACAUCAGGUACGGUUUUGCGGGGGAUCGCGUGGCUCUUACAAUUUGUUUGCAGCCAAUCCACAAGAUCGACUUCGAGUCGCCCUACGGCUCCUCGUCAGCAAUUGGCUCCGCGUCGACUCCGCCGCUUCCGAUGCAGGCGCCGCCCACCUCUACAAUAAUCGACGGCUACCGUACCCUCCGCGGCACCCCUCCCAACUCGAACGCGCUCCGAUCGUUCACCCAGUUGUCGGGCGCCACGCCGCCGCCCGUGACGUCUUCGUCGAAUUCGACGAUGCGUCCGACGAUCAUCGCCUCCUCGGAUCACCAUCGGCGUCAGGUGCCCGUCGGGCGGGCCACCGCGCAGCCACGUGUCAACGUUGCGAACAUUUAUGCGCCGUACGCGUGCUCCGCCUCCUCGGACGCCGGCGAAUCGGAGAAGAAGGUCGGCGAGUGCAUGGAGAUGAGGGAGACGACGCCGAUCAAAGGACCGACGGCGGCACAUGUCGUCGAGAAAUUGGACUUGAUGGUAGGGUUUUGGACAUUUCCUCUCUUUUUGAGCUCACUUUUUUCCAAAAUUUCCCGUCAACCAAGUGUUUGAAAUUUUUUUUUUAAGUGUUUCAGAGAAAAUGUAAAUUUUCUAUAACCUUCGAAAGAUUGUUUCUGUUUGACUGCCCUAUUCAGUUAAAAAUAACCUAAUUUACCUAUAUCCUCAUUAUUUGCAGCCGUCGCAAUCGACAGAAGACCUCAAUCUUCAUUUGGGCGAUUUGGACAACAUGAUUGAGGAUUUACAAAAUCUCCAAAAUCAAUUCACGUCUGGAGACUCGGCCUAA